AUGAAACCCUCUUGUAGAUUCCUUAUAUCUAAGAAAAAUCCAGUAUUUUUCAAGCACCAUCAUAGUUUAACAAGCAAUUUAUCUGGGAAUCAGUUUAGUUUUGAUAAAAACAAGCAGUUUUUGGCCUGCCCUUUUAGAAAUUUGGGGUUUAGAACCAUUUUCAAUGAAGCCCAGAAAUCUUUUUGUGUUCCCAAUAGUAGUUUAGGCCAAUCUAGACUUACAACAAGAGAUGGUAGGGGGGUUUCUGUUGUUGCUAGUUGUGCAUCACAAAUUAGGGAGUUUUCAACAUCUGUUGAGACAAGAGUGAACGAUAAGAAUUUUGAGAGAAUUUAUGUGCAAAAUGGGAUUAAUGUUAAGCCUUUGGUGGUUGAGAGGAUUGAUAAAGAUGAGAAUGUUUUAGGGGCUGAAGAGUCUAGGUUAGGGGUUCUUGUUGAUGAUGGUGAAAGUGUAAACAGAGAGAAUUUGGAUGGUGGCCUAGGAGUUAAGAUUAUUAGUCCUAAGAGGGAAGAGAGUGAUAUGGAAAAGGAAGCAUGGAAGUUGUUGAAUAAUGCUGUUGUUAUGUAUUGUGGGAGUCCUGUGGGGACCGUGGCUGCUAAUGAUCCAGGGGAUAAGAUGCCAUUGAAUUAUGAUCAGGUGUUUAUUCGUGAUUUCGUGCCUUCAGCUCUUGCGUUUUUGCUGAGAGGAGAAGGGGAGAUUGUGAAGAAUUUCUUGCUUCAUACCUUGCAGUUGCAGAGUUGGGAGAAAACAGUGGACUGCUAUAGUCCAGGCCAGGGGCUGAUGCCUGCCAGUUUUAAAGUCAGAACGGUGCCUCUUGAUGACGAUAAAUUUGAAGAAGUUUUAGAUCCUGACUUUGGUGAAUCAGCUAUUGGCCGUGUCGCACCAGUGGAUUCUGGGUUGUGGUGGAUUAUUUUAUUAAGGGCAUAUGGGAAACUCACUGGUGACUAUGCCUUACAAGAAAGGGUGGAUGUUCAGACUGGCAUAAAACUGAUCUUAAACUUGUGCUUAGCUGAUGGGUUCGAUAUGUUUCCUUCUCUACUAGUCACUGAUGGCUCCUGCAUGAUAGAUCGGCGGAUGGGGAUCCAUGGUCACCCCCUUGAGAUCCAAGCCUUGUUUUACUCUGCUCUACGGUCCUCCCGUGAGAUGCUAGUUGUAAACGAUGGAUCAAAGAAUUUAGUGAGGGCUGUCAACAACAGACUCAGUGCACUGUCAUUCCACAUUAGGGAAUACUAUUGGGUGGAUAUGAAAAAGAUCAAUGAGAUAUACCGGUAUAAGACCGAAGAGUAUUCUACAGAAGCCACCAACAAAUUCAAUAUUUAUCCUGAACAAAUUCCAUCAUGGCUCAUGGAUUGGGUACCUGAGGAAGGUGGGUAUCUGAUUGGCAAUCUGCAGCCAGCUCACAUGGAUUUUAGGUUUUUCACUCUUGGAAAUCUUUGGUCUGUUGUUUCAUCUUUGGGUACCCCGAAACAAAAUGAAGCUAUUCUAAAUCUGAUUGAAGCCAAAUGGGAUGAUCUUGUGGGAAAUAUGCCUCUUAAGAUAUGUUACCCUGCUCUGGAGUCUGAGGAUUGGCGUAUAAUCACUGGCAGUGACCCAAAGAACACCCCUUGGUCCUAUCAUAAUGGUGGGUCGUGGCCAACUCUUCUGUGGCAGUUCACAUUGGCAUGCAUGAAGAUGGGCCGAAUGGAACUAGCUCAGAAGGCUGUUGCUUUGGCUGAGAAGAGACUUCAUGCUGACCAUUGGCCGGAGUAUUAUGACACCCGAACUGGGAAAUUUAUUGGAAAGCAAGCCCGACUUUAUCAAACAUGGACAGUUGCUGGGUUCCUAACAUCGAAAGUUCUCUUGGAGAAUCCAGAGAGGGCAUCCUUAUUAUUCUGGGAUGAGGAUUAUGAGCUUCUUGAGAUCUGUGUUUGUGGGCUUAGCUCAAGUGGCCGGAAGAGGUGUUCUCGAUUCGCAGCUAAGUCUCAGAUUCUUGUCUAG